AUGGCGCAGCAUCGUCGUGUGGUGAUCGAUUUAGCCAACAGCCCCUCACCAGAGCCUCAGAUGAUCCGCCAUGUACGAAAUGUGCCGGAUUCGAGAUUCAUCACGCCAGACAGUAAUGACAGCGACGACGAGGUCGAAUUCCGGUGGGAGAUGCGAAAACAGCGGAACGACCAAGCUUCAACGAAUGCCUUGAGGCCCAAUGCUAGUAACCAUCCUUCGACUUUUCGGCCUGUCCAGAAAUCACACCCUGUGUUACCGAAUGAUACCAAGAAAGUUGCCUCACAACUACCUCCUACACAACCAAAUACUCGAGUAUCGAAGCAGCCAGCACCUGCACGAUUGGAAACAGUUCGGCCACCUGCAUCAGUCCCUAGCGCGCAUCGGCCACCGCUGCCAUUCGUGCCUACGCAAGCGAGUUACGACAGUCCUGUCUCGAUCACAAACCCGUUGACGAAGAAUUUCCUUGCUGCGCUUUCGAAAUCUGGCAGAUCCACGCCUCCAACCCUUCCACCUGGUGCAAAACCACUGGUGCCUUCUUCAAGACCACACCCCUCAACUUCAAGGCCUUUGCCAACACCACCUAAUCGCGUUCCUCAACUACAUGUCCCAACGCCGGCCAGUGCAGGAACUCCAAUGGGGUCCGCAGUCUCGCAGCCUUUGCAGCCUGCGCAGCCCACACAGCCUAUGAGGCAGUCACAACCCUUAUCCACAUCGGACUCAGGUAAUGCAAUUGGACGACUCGCACCACCAUUGUCGAAUACACCUUCUGGAGCCUUUUCGCGAGAUACCUUGAACAACAGCGCAAAAAGCCGGGAUCACCGUCAUGAGUCAAGAAACGUGCCAUCGCCCAUCGUAGCUUCCUCUGGAAAUCCUGUCAUAGAGCCAAGGAGGGCACCUUCAUCUGUGGCAGCAGCGAGUUCCUCCGCGCACGCACCUUCGAAGUUGCAACCACGCAAAGAGCCAAUGGCUGUGCAUGCUUCACAGAAUUCUCCGAACAAACACGUGCCACCAUCUGCAAAGCAACAUCCACCUACGCUGCAUAAGCCUAUGGAGGCCCAUAUCGUUGAAAUAGAUUCUUCAAGUGAAGAUGAAUUCGUAGAUGCUGUUGACCGUUCACAAUCUCUCAGCAAUGCUCCUCCGAGUUACAAUUCACCACGUCCUGAAAAGAGGAAAGUUGUGGAGGAGGUGUCAGAUGAAGAACCAGUGAAACGUCUUCGACGCACUCAUUCGUCUGCGAUUCAACUAGAGGAUCCAUUUCAAGAUGACGUUGUGGAUUCAGUAGAGGUCAACGCACCGCCAGCGUUCACUUUCCCAGCAGACAUAUCGAAAAUCCCACCGUUCAGCAACAAUUUCGGACAGCCUUUCACGCCAAAGGAAGACGCCUUAAUUGUACACCUGAAAGAAGUAAUCAACAUUCAUUGGAAAGAGUUCGAACCCUUCUUCCCUGGAAGAAAAUGGCCUUCUAUGCAAACGAGGUAUUCGAAAGUUCUGUCUAAGCGCAAAACAAGGCCGAUUGCCGCAAACUUUCCUGCACAGUUAGCCCUCAGAAAAGACUUGCUCCGUACAACCCGAGAACUCCGACGUACAACGCAUGCUCAAGCAAGUCCAGUCGACAACUCUGUAUCGAGCCAGGAGGAUGCUGCAGAAGCUGAUAAACCGGCUCGCUGCAAGCGAUCGCUGAACUCUCUAGUUCGACAUCGAGAACUUGGUUCUACUCUUGGUCGUGAAUGGCCAAGGAAAUUCCAAGCAGGUGUCAGAGAUUUCGUGUACAGCAGUAUGGGUGCUCAAGCUUAUAUGGACAAUGCCUCAGGCGAUGUCUCAACCAUCGCAUGGUCGCCAGAUGGCAAGUUCUUUGCUGCAGGUGCCGUGGCCGUAACGGACAUUCAAUCUAUUGAUUACAAUAAGCCUCGUAACCUCGUUGUAGGAAGUGUUGCGACUCAAAAGGUCAAAGAGCUGCCGCACCAUACUAUACAGCACUCGCUAUCCGAUGGACGCCGAAGAGAACUUUUCUCUACAGUACAGAUGGUGGCCUUCAGUCCAGACAGUAGAUACAUGUACUCUGCUGGCAUUGACCAACAUCUACACAAGUACAGGGUCGAUGGAUCUCCAUCAGAAACCACGCUUGUUCAUAGAGUUGAGCAUCCGGCAUCUGUAGACUUCCUCUCGGUAAGCAAUAGUGGUUUAGUUGCUACUGGCUGUGCUUCUCCUGGUCCUCGUUCUAUUAAUGUCCUCGAAUACGACAGCGACACAUUAGUGGACUCUGUUUGCUUCUCGGGAACAACACAAACCAAGAAGACUCCAUCUGCACUUAAAUGGGGUUUAGCGCAUAACCACCAGCACUACCUACUCGCAGGCUUCUCAAGGGAAGCCGAUGUCUACUACAUCGAAGACGAUCACAGGGACAAAGAGGGGGAGGUCGCGCUGUGGGACAUUAAUACCAAGCAGAGAAUCGAGACGGAUGCACCGAACAGAAACGUGUUCGAUCUUGCCUGGAAUCCAAAUCCAGGGGGCAACUCAUCCAUUUUUGCAGUCGCAAGCAGACCUGUCAGCCAUGUUGGUCAUGGCAUACACUCAGUCGUGCGCCUCUACUCACCGCAACAAACUCGUGCACACCACACAAUGGAGCUUGACUGCCCAGCAUGGGAUAUUAACGACGUUGUCUACUCGCCUCACGACAACAACCUCAUUGCAGUGGGUAGCACUGAAGGCAGAGUCUACAUAUGGGAUGUCCGUUUUGCAAAGCAUGGCCAAUCGCCUCUCAACACGCUCAAGCAUGGAGAAUCGUUAGCGGUUAUGCCCCACGAAAAGAAGAGGUGGGAAGUCGACACAGGCAUUCGUUUCCUCUCCUGGGGCUCUGAACGAGACCGGUUGUACACUGGCUCAUCUGACGGAGUGGUGGCUUGCUGGGACCCGUAUCGCAGCGACUCGGAGAAGCGUGUGCGUGACGUGGUGCAUCUCAACUCGGCUGUCAUGUCAGGCGCCUUCAGUCCAGACUACUCUCAGCUGCUAGUUGGAGAAGAUGCGGCUAGGUUAAAUCUGCUUUCUGUUGGCAACGAUGGAGCCAAGUUCGACAGAAGGACUACAGCAAAGUUCAGCGUUGAAGAGGCGCCCUUGGAAGAAGAACCCGCGCCGAUACUUUGGGAUUGUCAAAAUAUGUUGGACAGUCAGGCGCUCGAGGUCAAAUCAGCGGGUACUAUGCCAUUCAGACAAGUAGUUCAGGGUCCCAACUACCCAGGUCCUUAUCGCCCAGACGACGAUGAGGCAGUCGAACUCAGGAACGAUGCGCAGAAGUUCCAGGAGAAACUACUCAGGUCGCAUAGGCGACGCAACAAGCAAACGCGCAAAUUAGACAUCCAGGCAGAUCCAUGUGGCCUUGACUGUGGGUUCAUUCCUCUUCCAGAUGAUUACGAGCCACCAGAAAAAUGGCUAUCACAGCGUAUUCCNGGAUCGAAUCUGGGAUUGGAAAGGGAGCGAGCUAACAUCGAUUGCUUCCGCUGUGGAAAAUUGGCGACGGUCAGUCCAAAUGCCGUGGCAAUUGAGUGCGGGCAGUGUGGCAUGGCAUGGAAGAUAGGAGCAUUGGGCUACGAGGUAAUCGAUCACUUCAAAGCAGGCGCAAUCAGAAGGAAGGUCGAAGAAGAAGGUACAGACAGUCUCAUCGACCUCUGUGACUCUGGGGAUGAGUGGGAACGAUUCAUCCGCGAACCCUCGCCGGAGUCUAGCGAUAGCGACCUCGAUGGCGGCUACUAA